AGAAAAGUCUCACUCCCAUUCUGACUACUGCCCCGCCAGCGUGCUGCUGCCACCCUGUACAGAGCUGACACUGGUUUGACCUUCCAUGCUGGCAGCUCUGAUUCAGCCAGAUGCCUUUUUUCCUCCUUGGUUUCUGCUGCAGUGCACAGGCUCACAGAAUGGUACAUACAUAUACACGUAUACACUGAUUUUACCUAUUCAUUCUCAUUUAUAUCUACAGCACAAUCUCUUACAGUCUGGAAGGAAGCAUCUAUGUCCAUUUUAACUUCUAAACAGAUGGUUCUAAGUAGUUCUAAAGAAUUGCUUGUGACCAUGCAGUCUUUCCACUGGCAGUGAGGUGAGCCCCAAGUGUUGGACUGUACAUAUAAAGGUAUUAAAAGUAAGUCUUAUUAAAGUUAAAUAAUGUGUUUUCAUGCCAAAUGUUUUUAUUCUUAUAUCUCAGAAAAGGUUCAAAAUGCUGAUGUAGUCUGCUGUUAAACUGAGGUCAUAUUUAGCUUAAGUGCUUUAAUAACUGAGAGAUUAAGCCAAAUUUCACAGUGCCUCAGUUGCAGAUGUCUGAGGAGUAGCUCAGCAGCCAGCAGUUGCCAUAUCUGUCUUCCUUUGUUUUCUGUGCAAGGUUAUUCUUAUUUUCUUAUUGACAUUUCAUACUAUCACUACCUUCUUUUUCCUUAAUUGAAGAUUUUUGAGUGGUCUUGCCUGUUUUCAGGCUGCUGGUUUACAUAAAUUUCCCUUGUGCACUUCUUUCUUUGCCUCACCUAUUUUACUGUAUUGUAGAAGGUUGCUUUGAACAGUGUAUUGCCUGAGGUGUCCAAAGCAACAUACUUCAGUUCUCAGGAGCCUGGCUUUAGUGAUGGAUGUUUUGUAGGUGUCUGAGAUGUUCAUAUUUGGGAUCUUAGCCUAAUGUUUUACUCAAAGGCAUAAAGACAUUGAAGGACUGGUGGGUCUCAGGCUGUGGCAGGUUUAAGUUGUCUGGUUUACAGGUCAUACAGAAGAAUGGUAAUGGCUGUUGCAUAGGGCAAUUUCAUAUAUUACUUUGAGUUUGAAGUUGUUGCCUUCAUUUGACCCCAGAUGGCAGCUAAGUAGAGCAGCUUGUGCACUCCAAUCCCCCACUGAGUGGGGAGGAGAAUUGGGGAAAAAAUUAAUCCUAUGAUUUGAGAUAAGAACAAUUUAAUAAUUGAAACAAAAUAAAAUAUAGUAGUACUAAGUUACUAUAAUUGUAAUGAAAAGGAGAGAGAAAGGAAUGAAGUGCAGGAGAAACAAGUGAUGUAGAAUACACUGCUCAGUGGGCUGGAUGCCCAGCCCACGCCCGAGCAGUGCUGGGCCCCUCCCGGCUGACUUCCCCCAGUUUCUGUGCUGAGUGUGCCCUCCCAUGCUGUGGGAUAUCCCUUUGGCCUGUCCGGCUCAGCUGUCCUGGCCAUGCUCCUCCCAGCUCCUUGUGCAGCUUCUCACUGACAGAGCAUGGGAAAAUGAAAAGUCCUUGACUAUGGGUAAGCACCACUUAGCAACAACCAAAACAACAGUGUGUUGUCAACAUGAUUCCCAUAGUAAAUCCAAAACAGCACUAACCAGCCACCUAGAAGGAAAUUAACUCUAUUCCAGACAAAACCAGGACAGUUGUAUGUUUCCUUAAUUCUAGAUGUGCUUCUGAAUGUUCCAGACUUUGUGCUGGUCUCUUCUGUGUUUUUCAGAAGUUAUGAAAUAGCUUGCUUUCAGUUUGUCCACAGAUCUUGGUUACUGCUUGCUUAAAAACAGUAAAUAGUAUAUUAGUGAUUACUCAGCUUUUUCUUCCACUUACACUAUCUAUCGUUGUCUUAGCCUUAAGGGUCCGACCUUGUAAUUUGCUGUGAGAAUAAAAUAUUGGUGAGAAAUUGUUCUUCAUGCUUACAAAAGGGUUUUUCUGUGGUUUUGCUUAAAGUGCUGAAGCAGGAGUUGAGAGUAGAUUAAGCAGAGUACUUGAAAUAUUAGCAGUUAUGUUCUAAUCACUUCAGGUAGGGGGUAGAGCUGAUAUUUGCCAAACAAAGUGCAUGUUGGAGACAGAAGAAAUUUUUCAAUUCCAGUAGGCAGACCAUUAAGCUAUUAAUCAGGUCUUGUUUGGGUUUUUUUUUCCCACUUAAUAAAAGUGAGGACUUUUUUGAAACACUACAAUUACCAAAAUUUUCCACGUUUGGUUACAAUGGAGGGGAGAUGAGUAUCUCCAAAGAGUGAAGCUGGUUGAAGCUGGUAGCCCAACCAAAAGAAAGGGAAAAGCUUCUUGAAGGGGGAUACAUGUUCAGUACUAAGUGUUGCUGACCUCCUGAUUUGCUCUCUGGGAGGGAAAUGAAUUAGGUAAAAAUGUUAUGGGAAAAAAAAAAGCAUAAUGAAAGUGAUAUAUGUAUGGGAAAUGUUCUCUAUGGUAGCAGGUGUGCUGUCAUAUGCCACAGCUAUGCAAGUACUUAGCCUUAGUUUUGUGUUCUAGUGCAAUAGCCAAGACUUCAAAGAAGUUCCUGCUUGUCCAUAGGAAGGUGAUGAAAUGGAAAAUGCAACCAAAACAAAGCUGUUGGCAUGGGGAUGUAUAAAGACUUAAGGCUGCACAAGAGAAUUUUCUGGAUAAAAAAAUGGAGUAAUGUAGCUGAGGGACAGGCCCAUGUCAGACAGCAGAGCUGUUGUGAUUCCUGGGUUACAGUACAAAACUCCAAUUCUCUGGGCUGACAAUACAUCCGGAGGGGUUGAAAAAAAUGAAGGCAUAGAUGUGUAUAGGUGUGGGGAAAUUUUAGUUUUGUUGGGGGUUAUUGUCUGUUUGGAUCAUUUUAUUUUUGUCUCAUGUUACUGUGUAAAGGUCAAGGGACAGUUUUAAUCCUGGUGAAGGGUUAGCAUGAGAGGAAGGAUGGCAGAGGGUUAAGACCAUAUACACUUUUCUGUUUGGAUUUCCUUAGUUCAUACUUCUGCUGGGCUUUGUGGCAGAAAUACCACCAGUAAUUAAAAGAAAAAUACAAUGCUUUUUCAUCUGUGUUGUAUGGGAAACAUCAAACUUUCUCCUUUUGAGUAUUGCUGGCACUUAGCUAAUGAUACUAUUCACCUCCUUUUGGUUGAAGAAAUUACUGGCAGUUCUUUCAAUCUAGGAAAGCUUUGGCAGGGCAGGGAGAGCUUGGCUGCUGAAUGCAAAGAAUCCAAGCUGCGCUGCCGAUGAAGGAGAGCCCACAGCUGCUUGAACCCAGACGAUGGUGUGUUUCAAAUAAAGAAAAUGUGUUGCUAGCAGAAAAAAAAUUGAUUUCUUCAAUUGUGAAUCACAUUUUCAGGAGUUUUAAAAGCCAAUAUAGCCUUCUUCCUGGAAAAUGUACUUAUAGUUGAAAUCUACUUGUGGGCAUCAUUUGUAACUGUCCUUUGCACCCUGCCAGAUUCAGGAGUUUGGGGAGAGCUGUGGCUUCUCCUUUCGACUCCUGCUCUCCAGUAAUGGGGGAGCCCUUGGAGCUUGCUGCUCUUCCCAGUAUCGCUCCUCCAAGCGCCCUGGGAGCGCGGGGCGGCCCUGCGAGAAGCGGCUUCAGGUCGCUGACGGCGGCGGCCGAGGCCCCUCGCUUUGUUGUGUGGCUGAGUGACACCGAGCUGGUGACGCUCCCCAGGCAUCUGCUCCUGUCCCUAACACGGCCGGGCCUUCUGUCACCACCGCAGACAGCCUUUAACCCCUGUCCCGGGCGGGGACCGCCCGGACGGCGGCGGCAGCGCUUCGGGCCGGACCUUUCCGAGGCGAGCGGGCGCGGGGGCCGGGCUGGGCGCCGGGGCCCGCCGGCCUGGCGGAGCGGUGCGCGGGGGGGCGGCCGGGGCACCAAAAUAGGAGCUGUCGCUGCGGCCCCGCUGCUCCCUCCGGCAGCGGCUCUUCCAAAGACGGUCAGGGGCCGCCGCGGGCUCGGAGCCCCCGUAAGCGCCGUGCCGGGCGGAUCCGCAGCCAGAGGGUGGCCGGGCUGCGCGGAGCGGCGCGGACAAAGCGGCGGGAGCUGCGGGGCGCGGCGAUGGCCGCGGCCGGGCAGGAGGAGUACGCGUACCUCUACAAGGACCCCGCGCACCCCGCCGGCUUCUUGGAGGCGUUCCGGGACUUUUACCUGGACGGGCUGUUCACCGACAUCACCCUGCAGUGCGCUUCGGGGGUCAUCUUCCACUGCCACAGAGCUGCCCUGGCAGCCUGCAGCAGUUAUUUUAAAGCUAUGUUCACAACCGAUAUGAAAGAAAAAUCCAAAAACCAGAUCAGCCUUCCCGAGCUCAGCCAUGCAGUACUGGAAGCUCUCGUGAAUUACGCAUACACAUCACAGAUCCAGAUAACAAAAAGAAAUGUUCAAAGCCUACUCCAGGCUGCAGACCUGCUCCAGUUCGUGUCAGUAAAGAAAGCCUGUGAGCAGUUUCUGGUAAGACACUUAGAUACUGACAACUGCAUUGGGAUGCACUCCUUUGCUGAAUAUCAUGAUUGCUCGGAGCUGGAGAAAGAGUCCAGAAGGAUAUUGUUAUGGCAGUUUGAAGAAGUAUGGAAGCAGGAAGAAUUUCUGGACAUUGGCAAGGAGAAGCUCUCUUAUAUUCUCUCCAGGGAGAAUCUCAAUGUUCAGAAAGAAGAGGCAGCCAUUGAAGCUGUCAUUAAGUGGGUGGCACACAACGUGGAAGGAAGAAUUGAAGACAUCUGUGAAGUGCUGAGCUGCAUCAAAUUAGACUUAGAUAUUGUGUAUUUGAGGUCAGCUUUAAGCCUGCAAAAAAAAUGCCGACUCAAUGACGGUAAGAUAAGGUCACUCGUAUAUAAUGCCUUGAACCUCAAUCCCAAAGGUCUUUCCAGAAGAUCCACAGCAGCCAUGUAUGUAAUUGGAGGCUAUUAUUGGCAUCCCUUAUCUGAAGUUCACGUUUGGGAUCCUUUAACUGACGCAUGGGUCCAGGGAACAGAGAUGCCAGAUCACACCAGAGAGAGCUAUGGGGUCACUAGUUUGGGACCAGACAUAUAUGUGACAGGAGGUUACAGAACAGAGAGUAUUGAAGCUCUUGACACUGUGUGGAUAUAUAACAGCGAGAGAGAUGAAUGGACAGAAGGCAGCCCCAUGCUCGACGCCAGGUAUUACCACUGUGCUGUUUCCUUAAGUGGCUGCAUUUAUGCAUUGGGAGGGUACCGAAAGGGAGCUCCAGUCCAAGAAGCUGAGUUUUAUGAUCCUUUAAUACAGAAAUGGCUUCCCAUUGCAAACAUGAUCAAAGGAGUUGGAAAUGCCACUGCCUGUGUCCUGCAUGAAGUCAUCUAUGUCGCUGGAGGUCACUAUGGGUACAGGGGAAGCUGCACCUACGAUAAAAUCCAGAGAUACCAUUCAGGUAGCAAUGAGUGGAGUAUAGUCACCACAAGUCCACAUCCAGAAUAUGGAUUGUGUUCAAUUACAUUACAAAACAAGAUCUAUUUUGUGGGUGGACAGACCACGAUCACUGACUGCUAUGACCCAGAGCAAAAUGAGUGGAAGCAGAUGGCUCACAUGAUGGAGAGAAGGAUGGAGUGUGGCACGGUGGUUAUGAACGGAUGCAUCUAUGUAACAGGAGGAUAUUCCUAUUCAAAAGGAACAUACCUGCAGAGCAUUGAGAAAUACGACCCUGAACUGAACAAAUGGGAAGCAGUAGGUAAUCUUCCCAGUGCUAUGCGGUCACAUGGCUGUGUCUGUGUGUAUAAUGUGUAAGCAUUUCAUUUACAUCUUGCUGUUACAGAAAGCAGCAGAUGCAGUAUUCAAAACAGUACUGAUUACCUCAUGAGGGGUUGUCUAAUACAAUCACUUAGUGCACGUUGUUAAUAACUAGAUAUAAUUUGUUCUCACUUUAAACAACUCAGAAACAUAAAUGUGGUAACAAGAUUUCCAUAUAUUUUUCAGUCCAAUCAUUCUUUGUAAUGGAAGUUCUCAAACUGCUCUCUUAUAAUACUUUGUACAGCAGCAUAGGAACUACUGUGAAAAUUUUGAUUUGUUUUUGUUAAUCACUGGAUGAAACUAUGACUUGGUGCUAAGAUGAGAAAAGCCAAACAAAAUACAGUUCUAAGGACUACUGACCUUAAGAUGAAAUCUUUGUAUUCUGAAGGUAGCUGUAGAAAUGGAUCAUUGACACAAGCUAUGUGUAUGUUAUAUGCAGAGCAAUAUCACUGGGAUAACUAGGUUAUCAGAUUCAGAAAUGGGCAUUUACAGGAUGCCUCUAACUCUACCUUCAAGUGCCAGAGCAAAGAAGAGCUUAGGCUAGGAAUGAGGGAAGAAAUGUUGGUAGUAGCCCCAGAGCACAGGCCAAAAGCAUGCACUAGUUUUCCAGAAGGAGAAGUAAAAGGGCAUUUCUCUCUGCCGUUCUCACACUCUCUUCGACAUUGCCAACAACAAAUUAAAAAAUACUCUGCAAGGUUUUGCAAUGGGAUCUUUGGCUGAUGCACAGGUAUUUGUAGUUUGGGUGGUUUUGUGGGGGGAGGGCUGUUCAGAGAAAAGCCUUAAUGUGUUAACUCUUUUUUAAUAUCAAUUCAAGAUGUGUGCCUGUGUGGAAUGGAAGGAGGAAAUGAGAGAGACUGGAAAAUUAACAUCCGCCUGAGCUUCAAACUUCUCUAUUUUGUUUACUACCAUUUUAUCUUUUUUAAACUGUAUCUUGAGCAAAGGUAACAACUAAAGAAACUUGUCAAAAUGUGUUAUGCAUGAAGAAAAACAUGAUCUAUAGGAUUGAUUUAUUUAUUAUUUCUCUCAAAACUUAAUAUGAGAUUUUCAAAUUCUGUGUAGAAAGUGGAUUUUUGUAAAGUGAUUUACAGACAACAGAUCAUACUCUGUGGCCUGACAGUGGUGAUCCAAAUGAAGAACUGCUUUGGGGAACAGAGAAGGCUCUUUUAGCACUGAUCCCCUAGUCCAGUUUAUAAAAUGAAUGCAGAAACAGCUGUUAGACAUUGGUGUGAGAGGCAAGGAUAACACAGGGCUGCCAUAGGGUGUGGUGGGAAUUUCCCACACCAGCACUGCUAUCUAAAAAGAAAUGUAGGUUUUAUUGGAUUUUUCACAGGACUUUUCCAAGCAAUAAGCUCUGAGUUUAUAAUAUUUAUUUUGUUUGAUCAUAAGCAUGUUCAGCUUUUUUUAAAAUUCUUUCUCAUUUUAAUGCUAUUUCUGACUUGCAUUUGACCUCUGGUAGCAGGUGGCACUCAGCUGUGGCUUUGAUGUGAAGUUCUGUGGUGUAUAUGUACAGCUCUUUUUCUGAUAUUUUCAUGUGUUGCCUCACUAUGUCAGAAGCUUGUGUGUGUGUUCAGUGUUUUGCUUUGUUACCCAUCUCACUGAGAACUAUUUGGGGAUCCAAUGUAACUUGUUUAAAGGCUCUAAAGAGGGGUGGAGAAUUGAACUGCGAGGCUGUUUAAAAUAUGUGGGCCAAGCAGAUGAGCAAGAGAUAAAAUGAAUUUGUUUUUCCUGGAAAUCUCUACAGAUGACAAUUGCUCAAGCAUGAGUGGAGAUUGAAAGGAUAACAUCACGAGAACAUGAAGGUGAUCUUUGUAUUGAAUGAAACCACAUUGAACUCAACGUGUUUAUGUAAUUUUUCAGUGCAAAUUACUUACCUGUGAAGCUUCAUGUUUGUUGAAAACAGCUGCUUGUAGCUGGCCUUGAGGUUCAUUCUGGCCUGUAUCCUGUCACCAACAGUCGUGAGUCAGUGAAAGGAUCUAACAAGGUGAGGACUAACAAAACCAAACCUCUCAGUGUCCCCUUGCCAACUGCUUGCAAACUAGGUGCUUGAUGUUGGUGCAAGACAGUGCUGUUCCAGGGCUGGAGCACAGGCACAGGAAGCUGGACUCUGCUUUGUGUCCCUGGGCUACCUGCAGGCAAGCAAAUGCUGCUUUUUUGGCCUCACUGUUAAGUGCAAAGUGGAAAAAAAGCCUUUACUUCUCCCCUGUCAGGAAAGCAUUUGUUCGUCUGGCAUAAAUAAAAGUCAAAGAAAUUACUGCUUAGUACUUCAGCUGAAUCCUAAUUUCUCUGAGAUUUUCAAUGCAUUAGAAUAAAUGGAGAGAAGUUCAGACUAAUGAUUAAAUUUCAAUUGGUGCUAUUUUUCACAAUAACCUACCAUGCCCUUUAAAAUUAACUUAUGUAUCACAUCUCAAAGUGUGUUGCAAUCAGGUCUUGGGCACAGGCAGGAAAAUUAACUCAGCAAGAGGAAUAGGAUUCUGACCUCUGGUCAGCAGCCUACGAGGAAUCUCUUAGCCAUCUGUAGUAUGUUUUUAAAAAUGGUUGACUGUAAACACUAAAUUAUUGUGCUAUUGGACCUGUACUAUGGUUAACUCUGUUUUACUGUUUCACCUAUAAACAAGAAAAUUAAGUAAUGUGGAAGUCGAAUCAAUUGUAAAGUCAAUACUAUUGCUUAAACUUUUCACUUCUGUGAUUCCCGUGUUUGUAGCACUAGAGAUGUCCACAGUACAUCUGCAGUGUUUAAGUGAACGUUUGCAAUACUUAAUAAAUGUGACUCUACCGCCACUGUA